UUCUCCCUUGCUCUCUUUCUCGUUCGCACGCCGUCUGGACGGCGCCGCACGCGCGAAAAGGCGGGAAAUCGGCUACCGCGACGGGUCACGACGGGAACGUGUCGCGCGUUAGCCUCCCCCAGCUCGACAUCGUAGGAGUCGUCGCGCGCGCGCGACGCGUCGAGACGUUGGAGCGAUGAUAUGGACGAGCGCACAGCAAAAUGGCGGGAAACUUGAACGUCGCGACCGGCCACGGUUCAAUGGUCCUCCCCCUUCCCCCUACGAUAAUCUUAUCGCAUGGGAGCAAUCGACGGAGGAGAAGCCAACUCCGAUGAAAAACAAACGAAGCGGCACCAAGAGGCUCUCCACUCUCGAAAAAACCACUCAGGAGAGCGAAGCGAUUCUGAAGAACAUGAAUCAAUCCGUCGGCGAAGUGGAAGGCAGGAGACGCACUCGUAGCUCGCUCAGAGGCCUAACAUCAACGACGCCAGUGCCAUCACCGCCCAAGAAGGAGAAGAGGGAAACGUCGACGAGAGGCGGCGGUGGUCGUGGACGCGGACGCCCCAAGAGGCAAGAGAAGAACAAUGAGAACAACACGGACGAGGAGACGUCCAACAAUAAAAGCGAAAAGCACACGGAGGAGGAGUCCACGAAGAUAGAGGUGAACGAAGAGGAGGAGAAGGAAGAGAAGGAGAGUAGCAAAGCGAUAGAGAACGAAGACAAAAGCGCUACGGAGGCGACUACGGACAGUAGCAAAGAUGCCGGCGAGAAAACGUCCGAGGCCAACUCCAAGGAUGAGAAGGCGACGGAGGAGUCGGAGAACGUGACGGACGAGUCCAAAAGCACCGCCGUGAGCGAAGAGAAGAAGCAGGAGGAGGUGAAGGACAGCUCGGACUUGAGUCAAGAUGCUACCGACACAGCAGCGGAAGUACCACCCUUACCAUCAUCGGAGUCCCAAAAUCCCUCCAACGCCGUUAUUACCGAGGAAAACAAGGAAUAACCUCAUUUCGCCUGUUUACUACUACUUUUAUGAGGUACCAGCGGCGCACAUAUUGGGGUUCACAAAUCCAGUUCCCCCUCGUCUAUUUUAACUAAUUAACACCUUCUUGUCGAUCGCUGCUUCAACCAGCGGCAAUAAACUUUUUAUUUUUUAUGUUGUCGUUACUCAUAGAGGAUGCACAGAGCUGUAAGGCGUUCUUUCUUUGGACGACAUAAAGAAACUGUGUAUAUCCGCGACCAAGUUGCAUUGAUGUGAAUUAUUACUGAUUUGCAAUCAUGAUUCUCUUACUACAUAGUCAUGCUUAAUUAUGACGUCAGAGGCGAGAUUAGUGUGAACCUUUAUCCUUACAAUAUACGUCGAACUAGGUUAAUUUCUAUGCAUAUUAUGCAACUUUCUCUUAGUGGGAUAUAUAUUAAUUCGUUUUGAUAAGUGAACAUGUAAUUCAGCCUGUACAUGUUCUAAAUUUUCCGCAAAACGUUAUAACAGUUGAUCGUGAAUUAUUUUGCAAUACUUUUGACGUGUAUAGUAAGUGAAAGAGAGCAUCAAAUUUUUCAUUUUCUUCAAUUUUGACUCAAUGUGAAUGCAGUAGGAGAACACAGAAUUCUUAAUUAAACCUCUUUCUUUACCUUACAUAAAGUCAGAUUAUAUUAUUAUAUUUGAUUAAGCUACUUGACGUCGCGUCAUUAUCGUCACACCUGAUUAUGUUGUACAUAAAGAAUAUAAUUCAGAAAAGGUCACCAACUGCUUAUCCAGCGUUUGUUUUUGGAUCAUCAGUGCAACUUGGUCCUAAAGUUAUGCGUGUCUCUCGGAGAAUUUUCAGACGUCUAUCGGGCAUCCUUCUCUCGCGCUUUAUUCGAAUAAUUAUUUCUUCAUAUAUCUCCUUUCAAUUCAAAUGUCGAAUUUUAAGAUAGGUAUUCUUUAAUUGGAGAAUACCUGGUAUAUAUUUUUGUUAAGUAAAAUAUUUGUUAUAUCGCACGUGUGCCGCACGUGCUUUUAAUUUUCGUCUUUAUAUAUCGAAUUUUAUUCUCUGACGCUCGAAUAUAACAAUGCUUUCGUUUGCGCUGGUUAGUUAGCGAUAAGCAACGCGAGGUGUAGAGCAUACGUUGUUCAUGUACAAUGAUAAUAUUAUUGUAAAAUAUAUUUAAUAUGGACUUAUAUAGAGAAAAAGUUGUUUUCAAAUCAGAGCUGACAUCCCCGGGUCUUGUGUAGUAUGACACCUACGUGAUUCAGAUCUGGUGUGAAAAUAGCUGAAGAUUAAUUCGUACAUAGCAAAUUACUGUAAUACCUUUAUCGUAUAUAAAUAGUGACUGAAUGAAGCGGAAUAUAUAUGAGAAUUAUGGUGAACUGACACUUCUCUUUUUUCAUGAAUUAAGCGGAAAUAAAAUUCCUGAGAAACGCGU